UCUCCCCACGCCAAAACUUCUGGACACAGUCACUCAAAUUUGACUUCGAUACUAAGGCCUCUGACAGCCCCCUCCCUGCACUUUCUUUCUACGAUCCAACAAGACGGCGCACAGCAACAAUAGGCGGCAAACACCCCACAUCGCCAUCUCCCCCACAACACCGCCGCCUUUACCAUGAUAGACGACCACAAACAUGGCAUUAUGACAGUCGAACUUCCCACAUUGCUACUGCAGUUCCAGCCCGAGGGUGAGGAGCUGAAGUCGCGUCAGAAGUACGAUCAAGCAGCUCGGCAAUUCGUCAAGCAGCUCGACAACGUCUCAGCAGCACAUUGGCUGAAGGAAGCAGAUACACCACAAGAUGUGCUGGAGAUUCUCAACCCCGCAGUCAACUCAAUAGCCUACGCCUUCACCCUCCGCCACCGCAUCGCCGCAGCCGUCAACAAGAAGUCCUUGCCAGAUUCAGCACAGCCCGGGGGGGCGUUAUGGAACAAGCUCGUGUUAUUCUUGGAGACCUUCGAUCCAGUACAGAUGCGGUAUGCUGGACAGGAGUGGAAGAAGCUGGUUGAUUACGUUGAACCGCUUGCGCAUAACGCUGGAUCACCCGGCCUGGCUAUUGCACCCAUACGAUCAGCAAUGAUCCGCCUCGACCCUACGACAGGCACCUUCACCUCCACACACGUCGACUUCAUGCGGCUCUGCCUCGAGACCCGAUCAUACGCCGCCGCCGAGCCCAUUCUCGACAACUACAUCCACAGUCUACCCUCACAUAUCCCCACUGUCGUUCGCGAAGGGUUUGAGUACUCAGUACCAUGUGCAGACGUUGCGCGCAGUGGAGAGUACAUCCACCGCCUCUCAGGACAUUCAGACAAGGUCACAAUCAUAGACGUGCAGGAGUACUACGUCCUCGGAGCUAUGGCAUAUCUCGGUCUACGACAGUUCACCAAGGCACGACACUUUCUAGAGCACGUUUUGGUCAUGCCGGCUGCUAACGUAGCCAACGGUCUGAUGCUUGAGGCUUACAAGAAAUGGGUGCUGCUGAGCUGUCUGGUGCCUGGGGAAGCUAAGAAUAUCCCGCGGUCGGCCAACGCAACAGCGAUCAAGCAAGUCAGGUCUGCCUCCAAGGCGUACGAGGCUGUGGCAGAGGCGUACACACACCUUAGCAACAUGCCAAAGCUGAAGGCACAGAUCAAUGCGGGUGCUCAGACAUGGGCAGAGGAUGGCAACACCGGUCUCGUCAAAGCAGUGCUGGACAGCCAGAUGAGGGCAUACGUCUCGCGACUGUCACGGACGUUCUCGGCAAUCCCCGUAUCAAACAUUGCCAGAAACGUGGGUGGUAGCGCCGACGAGACCGCACAGUAUCUCGAAACGCUCAUCGAGGAGGGGUACCUAAACGCGCGGCUGGAGCAAACAGAUAAACCCGAGGCAGGGAUUGUGCUGCGGUUCUACCUCGACCCCACACAAGGGCCACUCGCCAAGUCGGAGAAGCAGCAGCAGCAGGCGUUGUUCGAGCAGACGCUGCGAACAAAUGCACUCGCUGAUCAGGUUAAGGAUGCCGACUACCGGUUGACGUUGACCAAGGAGUUCAUCGAGAACCUGAAGCGGCAGCAGAAGAGGCAGGGUGCAUCAGGCGACGCGAUGGACACCGCAUGGGACGAUGGGAUCGAAGAGGAAGACAUCAUGGUUGAUUUGUGA